AUGGCAUUUCAAGAGAUGAAUAAUAAUAAAACCCUUGAAAAAUUCCAAUAUUUAACUCAUAAACAACAUUUUUUAAAUCAAUUUGAACAAAAAUUCACAUUAACAUUAACAACUAAAGAUAUUGGAAAUAAUAUUUUUCAAU